UAACUGUGAUCGGUGUCAGCGCCGUUCUGGUCAAUCUGUUGUAGUAUGUGAUUGGUUUGACAGUUAUUGAUGCUUAAAUGCUUUCCAUAUAUGGUAUUAUGGAAGCAAGUUACAAAAUCAUAGACGUCUGAAGUACUUGAAGAAAGUGACAAGGAAAUAUUAACUGUACCUAUAUUCGGAUAUAUGUGUUUUUGAUAAGUAUACAGGGAUUUGUUGAGAGCACAUAAUAUUUAUUUUGUUUAUGCCAUUACUUUUAUAAGAAGACAGAAAAUGGGAAAAGCGAUAUUUCUUCUUGUCACGCUAACUAUUGUCAGUGCAGAUAUUUACUUCGAUAAUCCAAGGGGAUCCAACAACAGGCUAAAUGAAAAUACACGUAAUAGGAAAAAUGCUAAUAGACUGUUUGAUUCCCAGAACAAUAACAGAGGUGGUUACAAUGUUGGUCCCCAGCCCAUGUAUUACUAUGCUGGUUCCAAGCUUCAAAUUGAAUGGACAAACCAGCAUUCCUGCAGUGAUAAGAACAACCACUGUGAGCUGAUCAUACAGUACAUGUGUGGGAAAGAUCUUCGAGAUGGAACAAGCACAGAUACCAUUCCAUUACAAAAGACAAAUUGUGCCAACAACAACUGUAACACAGAUAAAAAAUAUGGAAUGCAUGAGGACUACGAUUAUUAUAGGCAGUGUAGAUUGAGACAGCGUAAUAAGGGACUGUUUACAGCUGAUCAGAAUAUGGGUAACAGAGAGACAGCAGUUUCAACACGACAGGAGAACAAUGGGAAGAACAAUCGCUAUGGUUACGAGUGCACGGAAGAGAGAGAUUAUUACCCAUACUGGCAUCCGUCUCCUUGGAAGGAUAUUGCUGUUCUGACUAACGAUAUUGAGCGAUGCAAGUAUUACAUGACAGAGAGUGCUAACGUAAAGUCUCGCUGGCAGUGCGUCUUCCCAACAGUCAAACUGGAGGAAAUGGAUGGAAAAGUCAAAAGUAUUCCAAAUAAUAAAGAGGAUUGUGAGAAUUUCAGAUAUCCAGCAAAUGAUAAAAAAGGCAUUAAAGGUGUAUGGAAAGAGAUCCCAGCCCAUGGAUUACCUGCCCCUGUUUGUCGAGAAACUCAGUUCACACGUGACAAUCACCUUGGUAAUGGUCUAGAUGGUAACCCGAAUAGAUAUAACUGGACGCUUCCUGACAUCAGUGAAGACAAAUGUGUUCUAAGGAUAAGGUACAACAUAUCGACCAAUGAUUAUGAUGGCUGGAACACGAAUGUAUCGAUGAAUGCAGCGAAAAUAAACAAUCCUACAAAGCUGGACUUAUCAGAGAAAUACGGCUUCAAUAAUUACACAGAUGCUGAAAAUAGAGGCUACGUAUUCAAAGGUGACCCGGAAGUAAAGAUUUUUGAGGAGGGCACAUUUAAUUUCCGACUUGCAAUUGAUACAUCACAGUUUGGAAGAACAUUCCAAGACAGGUCACAUGUGUUUUCAAUAAAGAAAACACCAAAUAACUUAAAGGGAGUCACCGUGCAUAAUGUGAAUGUUCGAGGAAAGCGAGGUAACAUAGUGCAGGUGUACCCGGCCGUCGAGUACGACUUUGUACCAAACACCUUGGAAAUGGGGCCUGGCGAAUAUGUACAUUUCCAAUGGACUGGUUCUGACACAAACCCUCUCAACAAUGACGGACAGGGAAAGCAAGGGUCAGACAGAAACAAUGUUCUUCUGCUGCGGGAUCAGAACUAUCCAGAAGGAAAUGGCGUCCAGUAUGGUCCUGCCCCUACGUAUGGUCACUACGGAAACAACUAUCCAAUGAGAUUGAAUGAGUCAGAUUUUCUAGGACUCAACAUACAGGAUCUUACAAAACUUGCCUUCCUUGAUCCAGGAAAUGUUGGACCCAACUUAGAUGAGGCAUCACCAUACUUUGACCUUGGACCGAGAAAAGUGACGCAGCUAGGGACCUAUCAUUAUGUUAGCACCAGAAACAAUGACUUUACGAACAGGGACCAGAAAGGAAGAAUCAUGGUGACCAAUAUGGCAUUCACAGAGUCGGCCCUUGGCUUCUUUGGAGGAAAUAUAGCUUUACCUAAUGGUGCAGGGACAGUACAUGUAAAUCAAGGUGUUUUUGAUGGCCUUCAUAUGAUUAGGCUUGAGGUGUGGCCAAGAAGUCAAGGUCAUGAAAAGGUCAGAGUUGCGGGUAAAGUUUUAAAGGCCGGGGAUGACUAUGUAAGUGAUUUCUUGGUGCUGUAUCCUCAGUUAAGCAUUGCGAACCCCGGUAAACAUAUGGAUGUCACUUUAAAAGUAGAUCCUGAUGCCAAUCGAGUAGCCGUUUACAGAACUUCUUCGGAAAGUAACUUUGGUACAUGGACAAAGCUCGAUACUGAAGUUGAUGGAGAUGUGGCCAGUUUUAAGGCGACGGCGGGAGGUGUUUACGUCGCAAAAUCACAUAGCGAUACAGUUUUAAUCGUUGCUCUUGUAGUAUCAGCCUUAGUCAUACUUGCACUAGUAGUGGGAGGUAUUUGCUAUUUUAAGAAAAAUCCAAAUAAAUGGAAAAAGUUGAAAACAGAUGCCAAAAAUGUGAAGAGAAACUUUAAUGAAGAGUUGUAAAACAUAUUCAGGUCCUAUUUUUUUCAACAUGUGAGGUACAUGGAGUACAGUAGCAUUCCAUUAUGACAUUUAUCUUUUGAGCCAAAAUGCAAUAAGAAGUAUUCUAAUAUGCUUUUCUCUGUUAAAGCACUCUUAAGACUUAUUCUAGAAUGACGUCACGUUAACGUGUGGUGACGUUAAUUUUUUGUUGCAACCAAGAAAGAGCGCUACUAUAUUUUAUCUUCUGUUUAGAUUAAGGGCAUAUUAGAAUCGGAAUAAUUUAUACCAAAACCAUGUUUUAACACUAUUUAUGCACUUGGGCUGUAAAUAUUAUUUCAUUGGGCUGCUCCCUCAUGAAAUUAUUACGCCCGACGUAUAACCACCCAUCCUGCAUAAUAGUGUUAAAGCACUCUUUUGUUAUAAAUUAUUCCUUAAUUAAUUUUAAGAUUUGUGGAUAGUAUAUGUGCCUGUACUUUUGUAUUUACAUGUUAAAUAACUACUUUUUUAUAACAUAGAGCUUUACAUGUUAAAUAACUAUAUUUUUAUUAUAUUAUCAUAGAUCAAAUGGAAAUUGGGCAAAAGAAGUAGAUAGAUCAAGUACAUGUACAUUAUUUCGUUUGAUAUUGAAAAGAUGAAGGCAAGCUUUAAACGAUUUGAUAUUACUUUUGUGAAUACAAGCAUGAUGCAAAUUACACAACUAAGUGUAUAAAUUAUCUCAUUUGUAUUUGAGAUUGAAUAUGUUAUUGAUAUUAUUUAUAAUUUUGUAGCUUUUUUUAAAUCGGUGCUAAUGAAAAUUAUAUUGUUCAAAAUAACUUCUUCAGGCUUAUUUGGUAGAAAGAUAGUCUUCUUGAAAAUGACUUUUUCUAAAAGUGAUCAUUGGUACAAAUUUAGUGACAUAUGAAUUUGCACCAAUUUCCCUGUAUAGUAGAAAAACAGUGUUUCUAAACAAGGAAUGAAACAUUUGAAACACUGCUGGUUUAAGGAAGGUCGGUGGUUCUACCUGGGUGCCCAGGCCUGCCUGAAAUAAUGCAUGGAGCCUGGGGUCUUCUUCCAUCAUGAAAAGCUGGAGUCACCAUAUGACCUAUAAUUGUGUUGUGCAAUUUAAACCCAACAAAAAAACAUUGAUUGCAAGUAACAGAAAAAAGUGUUGUUUUUUCUCUAGUCAGUUUCUGUGUUUGAGCUAAUUUAUACUUUUGUAAUUUUUUUUUUAAAUUUUAAAUACCUUUGUUUAUUAUACGACAUAUAUUCUUUGGAGGUUAAUGAACAUAAAAUGUAUUUUAUAUUCCCUUAUUUCCAUUUUAUUCUUUUUGUAAUAGUUAUCUAAAAUGUAACAAGUUUAUAGAGUAUUUGACUGACACAGUGAAAAGUUUUAUUAAAUCCAUUAUUCUUUAUUACCUCCCAUUAUUAUAGGCUCAUUUUUAUAACAUUGAAAGUAGCACUUUUAAAACAAUACAGUUGUGCAUAACAUCUUUUUGAACGAUCGCUAUCCAUUUUUAACAUAAAAUUAUAUUAAACAUUUUGGAAAGCAAGUCAAAAGUUGUUUUUUCUACUUACAGACUCCAUUUUAUAUUUAUCUAAUAUUGACAAAUUUAGUCGUGUUUCCGUUUUCAAACAGUACUUUUAGACUUAUUUCAGCUGUACCAAUAAAGGCUUUAAAUUAAAUGUAUUUAUGUACUUUUUAAUCACAUGAUUUAAUGAUAUAUGUGUAGUAUUUCCUUUCUUGACAAGGUAGUCACAUUACUAUUUUCAAUUAAUUUAUGUUUAUCUAUUGUUGUCUGUUUUUUUUUAUCUUUUGCUCUGUAGUUUUGAAUACAUGAUGUUAUAUGUGCAAUGGCUUUGUUACUGUUUUAGUUUUACUUUGUUUGUACUUAUUUAUGUAGAUUGUAACUCAAGCUUAUUCAUGAGGAAUGUACAAAAUGUUAAUUUGUAAACAAAGAGCACUUUCACUUAUGGAUAAUACUGCAGUUUAUAGACAUGUCGCAUUUAGGUAAGGUGGAAAGUGCUUAUUGAUAUCAACAGGAGAAUAUUAACUAAAUGUCUGUAUUUACUAGUGUCUCUCAGAUUUUGUACUCCAUAAAGUUUCAUAUGCUAGUAGCCAUAGUAUGAUCCAUAUAACAGCUUGUGGUUCAAUCUAUACUUAGUUGUUCAGGCCAGUUUGACUAUAGUCCCUUGUAAAAGCACUCAUCAUUAUACCACUUGUAUCUAGGAGUUUAAAGAAAAUAAUCCCAGUCAGUAGGGAGUCUAAUUUUGGUCAGUUUCUGCCAGUUUCUUGCCAAUUUCUUUCAGAGAUUAAUUCAAAACGAGCAGGUUUUCUUCCAAGACCCCUCACCGGCCUGGAUUUUGGAAACCAGUCUGAUUUCUUUCCGACUGGCAUAUAAACCAAAUAAUCCACAAAUUAAUACUCCAACGAACAAACGGAUAUAAAUUCAGGAGGCAGACAGUUGGAACUUAAUGUUUUUAACGGGUAGAAAAAAUUAUUUUGAACCAUAUCGGUUUGGAAAUUAUCUUAUGUGCCAUAAAACAAUUAAAUUAAAUGUUGUUUGUGUAAAGAGUAUUUUCAACAAUUACAUUCAUUUUUCCAUCAUUUUAAAUGGAAAAAGAUUGACAUGUUUUGUCACCUUAUCAUUUACACAUAGCUUUUAGCAAUACUCCAAAAUUGAUUUUUAAAUUUUAUUUCAUUUGUUAUGACAUUUCAUUUGAAGUGUACAGUAUACAGAUAUAUGUAUAUAUUUCAGUCUCAAACUUUCUUUUUUCAAUGAUUACUGGACAUUCCGUUGUCUUAUUUAAUUUGCUUUUAAAGUACAAUGUACCAAUUUUAUAUCAUGUCUGUUUAUUAUAAUACAUGUUUUUUUUUAUGGGUAAACAUUUGCAAUUCUGAUAUAUGUAAACACAGUUUUUGAUCUUGGAGCAGCAUGUCUACUUGUUAACUAAAACUUAAUUUUUUUCUUUUUUCUUGUAAAGAACUGUAGAUAACAUUACAUCAGUUAACAGUUUGGUGUAAUUACAGCAUUUUUUUUUUUUUUAUUCAAUUUAUAGGCCAACAUGGUACAGACAUUUUAACAGUUUUUAGAGAUUCAAAAUUUAUAGUCCUGUUUGGCGCCAUAGUACUGUGUUGGUGCACUGUAAAACCCAAAUAGAUAAAUUCACAAGUGUUUUUUUUUUCCUCUUAAAUGCUUCUAAAAGGUUACUAAACUACUUUCGUUUUCACUGUUUAUUUACAAUAACUACCACAUAUAAAUGUUUUAAAUAUGGAGGCAUGCUGCUUUAAAAUUUGUUCAGGGAAAAUUCUGUGCGUAUGAUGAUACUGUAUUUAAAGUCAAAGCACAGGAGUCUGAAAUUCUAUCAAUAAGUCACAACAAGUCUUAAUUAUCUUUUAAAAUAUACCCCCAUCCCCAUAUUUAACAAAAGUAAAAAAAAGUAAAAAAAAAAAAAGACUAUGGAUAGAAUUUCAGAACCCAGUGGUUAAAGAAUAGUACUGAUUUUAUACUUUACAGUGACAUUUAGUCCAAUAUUGUAUGACAUUAUACAACUGAUUUCUUAACCCUUACCCUGCUAAAUUUCUAAAAUGGACUGGUCCAUCAUUCAAUUUGGGCAAUACCAUUUAUUAUUCAAAGGGGUGUUCACUGAAAAUUUACUGACUGAAUAGCGAACAGUGCAGACCAUGAUCAGACUGCACAGACGUGCAGGCUGAUCUUGGUCUGCACUGGUCGCAAAGGCAAAAUCACUUGCCGCCAGCAGGCUGAAGGUUGAAAAACUUGUUGUUAUUUAUGUUUACUUAUGAUGAAAAUGAUAGUUUUCCAAAGAUAUAAAAUAACAACGAUAUAAGAUAACGAUAUAAGAUGAUCUGCAUCAUUUCCAUAUCAUGUAUUGCUAUAUGUAUGCUUUAUAUUGUCUUCAUUUUUGUUUGGUUGAACUUGUUAUUACCUGAGGCCCAUCAAUAUUAUCUACAUUCAUAGGUAAUGCAGUAAAAACAAUCAUUUCACACUCGGUUAAAUAAGCAUUUUUGCUUUAGACUAAUACCACAAAAAUCUUACCCGCUAACUUUAAUUUUUGUUCUCUUCUUGUUCUCUUUUUAAUCAGAUAAAAUCAAAGAAGCUGAUGUAGAUUCUUCCCGGUUAUAAGAGAGAUUGCUUUUUUUUCAGCACUUAUUCACUUUCGCAUAAAAGUAAAUGACCAAUACAUACUUAUAAGCGCCAGAUUUUAGUUUUACAAGUAUUUUUAGAUGUGUAUGCUUUAGUUAUGUGAAAUACUUGCAGUUGUACGAGUUUUGACACCUCAAAUGCUUAGUGACCUGAAGAGUGAAAUCACAACCACUCUGUGCAAUAUUAAUUUUUUCAAAAAUCUCUGUGCAUGAUAAUUAUUCUUUUUUCAGUGAACAAAGCACAAGUUGAAUUUUAAAUUUUCCAGUAUUGGUAUAAAAUUUAUUUUUACAAGUCUAUACCUAGCUGAAUUGACCAGAAUACUUAUUCCAACUGGUAUUGAAAAACUUGAAAAUACAAUUACUUUGGGCCCGCAAAACAAGUUUUAGCCACAUUCAUUUAUUUAUGUAUGCUCAAUAACUGCUGGUCAGUUACUGUCAUUGUUAUAUGAUAAUAAAAAUGAUAUUAAAUGUAACAAA